UUGAUAUAAAAGGGGUCACAAUUCUCGAAAGUAACAUCAGUGAUUUCUUUGACAUCAUAAUGAAAGUAUUUUUGGUUCUAUCCUUGGCUUUGGCCUGUGUCUCGGCUGGCGCCGUUUACGAUACACCUGUCUUCCCUCGCGACGUUGUCGUAGCUGAAGAGGAAGGUCGCAUCACCAAUGGCCAGCAGGCAUACUCUGGUCAAUUCCCCUACCAAGUCGGUUUGUCUUUGCAAACCACUGGUGGCUCCUUCUGGUGUGGUGGUUCCUUGAUCGGCAAUGCCUGGGUUUUGACUGCUGCUCAUUGCACCAGUGGUGCCUAUAGUGUCACUGUCUACUUGGGCUCCACCACUCGUGCUGUAGCCAGUGUCACCCACACUGUUGGCUCCGGUUCGAUUCGUCAACACACCGGCUACAACCCCAAUACUUUGGCCAACGAUAUCUCAUUGAUCAACAUUCCCGCUGUUGGUUUCACCAGUUUGAUCAGAUCCAUCCGUUUGCCCGCUAUAUCCUCCUCAUACUCCACCUAUGCUGGAAACAACGCCAUUGCUUCCGGUUGGGGCCGCACUUCCAAUACCGGCUCUGUUGCCAACAACUUGAACUACGCCACUUUCCAAGUCAUCACCAACUCUGUUUGCGCUGCUACUUAUGGUACCGCUGUUGUUACCGGCAACACCAUUUGCGUUUCUACUCCCGGCGGCAAGUCCACCUGCCAAGGUGACUCUGGUGGCCCAUUGGCCUUGCAAAAUGCUGACACUCUUAUUGGUGUUACCUCCUUCGUUUCCUCUGCCGGCUGCACUUCUGGUGCCCCUGCUGGCUUUGUUCGUGUUACCAGCUAUUUGGACUGGAUUAGGGCUAAUUCUGGCAUCUCCUACUAAACUGCCAUUGUAUUUCGAUGAAUAAGAAAAUAAAAUUGAGUUUUUAAAAUAUAGUA